AUCAGCCUGUGGCCAAUACAUCAUUCAGUCAUUGAUCUCAUUACUGAAAUAAUCUAAUCAACAUGUUCAGCAAAGUGGUAGCUCUGUGCGGUUUAGUGGCGGUGUGCCAGGCUGGUCUCCUGCCCGCCCCUGUGCAUUACUCUUCUGCUGCCGCUGUUUCCUCUCAGAACAUCGUGCGCCACGACCAAUCUGUCCAACGCGUUGCCGUCGCGGCCCCAGUUGCUUACCACGCUGCCCCCGCUGCCGUCGCCUACCAAGCCGCCCCUGUUCAGUACUCUUCAGCUGCUGCCGUCUCUUCCCAAAACAUCGUGCGUCAUGACCAGCCAGCCCAACGCGUAGCCGUCGCUGCCCCAGCUGUGGCCUACCACGCCGCCCCUGCCGUUGCCUACCAUGCUGCCCCCGCUGUGGCUUACCACGCCGCUCCCGUCGUUGCCCGCGCUGAAGAGUUCGACGCUCACCCCAAAUACGAGUACAACUACUCCGUAGCUGACAGCCACACCGGUGACAACAAGUCCCAGCAGGAGUCCCGCGACGGUGAUGUCGUGAAGGGCUCGUACUCCUUCCACGAAGCCGACGGCUCCGUCAGGACUGUGGAGUACUCCGCCGACGACCACAGCGGCUUCAACGCCGUGGUACACAACACCGCCCCCACUGCCGCCCCCGUGCAUGUUGCUCCCGCUCAGUACUACCACCACAAUAUGACUAGUGAUGGUAAUUUAGUGGUGGUAGUACUGAGCGGGAGCAACGUGCACGGGAGCGGCAGUGGGGGCGGUGUUGUGUACCACGGCGUUGAAGCCGCUGUGGUCGUCGGCGGAGUACUCCACAGUCCUGACGGAGCCGUCGGCUUCGUGGAAGGAGUACGAGCCCUUCACGACAUCACCGUCGCGGGACUCCUGCUGGGACUUGUUGUCACCGGUGUGGCUGUCAGCUACGGAGUAGUUGUACUCGUAUUUGGGACCAAAAUGUUCUCCAAAGUAGUAGCUCUGUGCGCUUUCGUGGCUGUGGCCCAGGCUGGUCUCCUGGCUGCUCCCGUGCACUACUCCUCUGCUGCGGCUGUCUCUUCCCAGAGCAUCGUGCGUCACGACCAGCCCGCUCCCGUCGCUAAGCUCGCCCUCGCCGCUCCCGUGGCCAAGCUCGCCGUCGCUGCUCCCGUAGCUUACCACGCCGCCCCCGCCGUGGCCUACCAUGCUGCUCCUGCUGCCGUCACCUACCACGCCGCCCCUGCCCCCGUCGCCUACCACGCCGCCCCCGCCGCUGUCGCCUACCACGCUGCCCCUGCUGCCGUGGCAUACCACGCUGCUCCCGUCGCCAAGGUCAUCGCCCAACCCGAGGAAGUAGCCUACCCCAAAUACGAGUACAACUACUCUGUUGCUGACGGUCACUCCGGCGACAACAAGUCCCAGCAGGAAUCCCGCGACGGUGAUGUCGUAAAGGGCUCUUACUCCUUCCAUGAAGCUGAUGGUUCCAUCAGGACUGUGGAAUACACCGCUGACGACCACAACGGUUUCAACGCAGUAGUACACAACACCGCGCCUACGGCCGCCCCCGUAGUCGUCAAGGCUGUUGCUCCCGCCUACUACCACCACUAAGACCAAAUCUUAAGAACUAAGCAAUGUUGACCAAAAUGGAUGUUGAAUAAUUUAUUUAUGAAAUAUACGAAUAAGUUCGAUAAUAA